AUGGAGAAAUUGAAUGCAACUUGCGUGGUUGCAGUGUUGGUGCUGUUCGCGUGGAACUUCGCAUGCGUCGACGCACAAUAUGAAGACGCUAGAUGCAAAUGUGUUUGUCCGGAUACUGCUGUACUAGGGCCGAAUUUCACCCACUCGAACCGAACUGUUUACAUCAAGAAUGUGGUCACCAAAGAAUGCACGUGUUCGAAAGUAGUGAUCCCGCAGUUGAUCGGCAAAAUCGUGGGAAUCUUGGAGCACGAGGGAGAAUUGUGUCCGUUGUGCGAGUGCAAAAAUGAGAGCAGGAAUACUGCGACGAUCAAGGCGGUGGUCGUCAUCAUCAUCAUCGCCGUUUCCCUGCUGUCCUUGUACAUGGUCUUCUUGUUGUGUCUAGAGCCAGUGUUGGCCAAGGGGCCCGUUGGUGCCCCGACUGGGGGCACGACUGGCUAUCGUGAGCACUUGGACGAAGACGGCGGAAGCCAGGACGGGUUCUCUGAUGUUCCGUUACGCGUGAGACCCAGAACGAGCAGCGGAGUUUUGGAUCGGGUCGGGCGUCAACAGGACAAAUGGAAGCGAGUUGUUCAGGAGCAAAGAAAGAACAUAUACGACCGUCACACUAUGCUGAAUUGAGUCGGUGAUGACCCGCGUUGACUGUGAGCAAUUGAGUGGCAUAUUGAUUCGAACGCCACUUUUUUUAGUGUCCGAACUCAUGAUCUGAGCAUGUUAAUGUGAAGGGAUUUUCCAGUCUGCUUGUAAUUCGCUUGGAUUGAUCGGAAAAAUUCAGCUGCCCCUAGAUUAUUGUUGGAUUUUUCUUUUUCUACGGGACGACUCGUUUUAAGAAAGGAUGACGGUUUUUAAUUUAGUGAUAAAAUUGAGAAAAUGUUGUUCUCCGUCAGAUUUUCUAUUUCAAUCCAGUUGUUUUCCGUGAUUUGAGCCGUGUUUGUCAGCGAUUGAUUGUACAGUACUGUAUUGAUUAUUUUGGAAUGGGGGCGCUGAUAAUAAAAAUCCUCGCUUGUUUUUUCUA